GGCUGGCUGGCAGACAGACAACUUCCGGUUCCGGCAGGGAGAGCGGGCGCGGGAUAUUUGAAGUUCUGCUCGGAUCGCGGCGGAAUACUCUCAGAGAACGCGCGGAUUUAACGCGGGGAAGGCGGCCUGGGGAGACGCAGUGCCGAUACACAGGAGAGCAGGGAGGCUGCCGUGUACCCCCCCAUUACUGUCCGGUGACAGGGCGUGCGGCCAUAUCUCUGUCUGUCUCUCCGUGUGAUCCUAGUAAUGGGCCUCCCGCCUGCAGCAGUCACCGUGUGUGUCCUGUGAGACGGGCAUGGUCUGAGCCGCCAUCAGGAGGUUAUCUGAAAGCUGCCGAGUAAGACCUGGCCAUGUCUGCCCCGAGACAGCGAACCAGGGGCUCUGACACCCAGCCACAAACAUGUAUAACUUCACCACUAAAGAGAAGAUCUCAUAGAAAGCUAUCUAGCAGUAAUGCUCCAGAGAUUACUUCUCCAUUAAACAGCAGCUUGCAGAGAAAAGUAUCCAAUGUCAAUGCUCCAGAGAUGACCUCUACAUUAAACAAAAGCUGCAAUAGAAAGUUAUCUAACUGCAUUGCUUCAGAGACGACUUCUCCAUUAAACAUAAGCUCCCAGAGAAAGUCAUCCCGCACCAGUGCUUCAGAGAAGACUUCUCAAUUAAACAGAAGCUCCCAGAGAAAGUCAUCCAGCACCAGUGUUUUAGAGAAUACUUCUCCAAUAAACAGAAGCUCUCAGAGAAAGUCAUCCACCAGCAAUGGUCCAGAGAUGACUUCUCCAUUAAAGAGAACCUUGCAUGGGAAUUUAUCCAGUGGCAACAGUCCAAAAAGGACUUCUCCACCAGUCAGACGAUCACAGGAGAAGUUAUCAAGUAACCAUCACCCUCAGGAGAACCUUACAUCAAAGAAAAUAUCCCAGAAUGUGUUCUCAGUCAACACCACUUCAGACAGUUUGAUGCCUGUGCCUAUAUUCAGACGACCAAUCACAGCCAAGAAAAUAAUGCCCAGGAAGACUCUGCCUGCCAUUGCUGCCUUUGUACCUGUGUCCACUCCCAAGGUUAUAACUGCUACAGCUACUUUAAGGAGAAGUUCAAGGGUUUCACCACAAUUCGGGAAAGAAAACUCAUUUGUCAAGCCUCCGGUGCUUUCCAAAAGUGUGACAGAACAAUCCCCCUCCAAGCUGGACAUACUCUCUCCAAUCCCACUCAACAUUUCACUAUCCCCUAUGAAAGAUGACCGAGACAAGUUAAUGUCUCAGAAGGUGCGACGUUCCUACAGCCGCUUGGAUAUGUCUUUGAAUGGCAGCUCAUUCCUAUACAGUCCCACAAGAAAUUCUUCUUCUGAUAGUUCCACACCAAACUCGGCAGCAAAAUCUGGACGCCGGUCUCUCUUUGGGUUUAAUACACUUUUGAGUUCUGAGACACCAGAAGAAGACUUGGGAAAAACCACAAAAAGAGACUCUGGGGAUAACAGAAACACAUUCAAUAAGAGCACAGGAGUGAGCAUAUCUGUUGAAGAGCCAGAUCACAAUAUUCCUGGAGUGGUCCUUGUUAAACAGAAAAGAAGAAAACGUAAAAUUCCACUGAUAGAGAAAUCUGACCUGGAUGAAUGGGCUGCUGUCAUGAACGCCGAAUUUGACGAAGCAGAAAAAUUUGACCUCUUUGUGGAAUAAAAGGCUUAUCCCCAAUAUUGGUUCACUGACUGAGAAUACACAUAUGUACUUGAUCUACAUGUGAUGUGUAGCCGUUCCUUUAUUUCCCUUCUCUUUUUUUGUAUAUGGUUUUGAUGUUGUGGGAAGCAUUUUAUACAGGAUUCAGCUUAUAGAAGUAUUUCUUCAUCUUUUCAGUAGGCAAACAAAAUUUUGUUUGACAAUACAUGUGUUGAUAAAACGAG